CUCAAAUUUGAUGUAAAAUUUUUUGCGGGAAUUCAAAUUUUGUUAUUAUUCGUCCAUAUUUCUAAUCCCCCAAAAACUAUUUAUUAACAAAAAAAAACUAAAAUGUCUUCAAAAAUCAACAGACUUGAAAUCUCAUACAAAAACCUAUCUGAUAAAUUUCUAAUAACUACACAAAACUACCAAAUGCAAUUCUCCCAUUUAUACGCUCACCGGCUUAGCGAAUGCACAAAACUUUUAACUCCCAAAGUACUUGCAAAAUGGGGAACAGAGUUUCCCAUUAAAAAACUUUGUGAACUUCGCGAGGAUGUUACCGAAAAGUGCAUUCUCAUUGGCACAUUAUUCAAACAUCAAGCUUUUAAGCCAAGUAUUUUGAGAGAAAUUUCUGAAGAGAAUCAAUUGGCACCACAACCUCCCAGACAACAUUACGCCGAUUCUGAUGAUAAGCUAAUUUUAGAAGAUGAACUACAAAGAGUUCGUCUAUUUGGUCAAAUCAAUGUGCGUUUUAUGGCCACAGGAGUCGUGUGCGCUGUUUUGGGAACAAUCGAAGACGAUGGAAAGUUUAUCGUUGAAGAUACAGUUUUUCUAGAAAGUGGACCACAAAGAGAGUUGGCGUCACUCCCCAAACCAGCAAGUAUUAUUCUUAUAUCAGGUUUAAAUCAGAUUCACUGUCAUGAAUUCAGUGAAUCGCUAAAUAUGUUCCAACAUUGGCUAAGUGGCAACAUCGAUCCAAGUGUGAAGAACUGCACACGUCUAAUAAUAGCCGGUAACUCUGUGCGUUCUUGUGCAGAAAGGAAACAAUUUGGCUUGCAAAUGAAAUCUAGCGAAUCGAAUGACACUGUUCUGGCUGUGAAAAACUUGGACAAAUACUUUGCCAGUUGGUCACAAUCGAUUUACAUCGAUUUGAUGCCCGGUGAAUUUGAUCCGGCGACAUUUAUGCUACCCCAACAACCAUUCCACCGAUGCAUGUUUCCACAAGCUUCAAGGAAUUCCUCGUUUCACAGCGUCUCUAAUCCAUAUGCCUGUGAAAUUGGGAAUCGAUUGGUAGUUGGUACUUCAGGACAGAAUGUUAGAGAUUUGCUACGCAACACGAACUUGGAGGACCCGUUGGAAGCCUUGCGUUCGACUUUGCAGUGGGGUCAUAUCUCUCCGACGUCGCCAGAUACCCUAGCAUGCUAUCCUUAUGUGGAAAGCGAUCCAUUUAUAAUGAAAGAAUGUCCGUCGGUGUAUUUUGUCGGUAAUUGUGAUGAAUUUAAAACUGAAAUACACAAUGGCAGCGAUGGACAGAAGACUCGAAUAGUCUGUGUUCCGGAAUUUUCAAAAACUCAAAGUAUUGCUGUUGUUGACUUGGAUUCUCUAAAUUGUAGAAGUGUUUCAUUUAAAGUUGUUGAAUAAAAAAAAGAUUUUUGUUUGUUUUUUAUUGAA